CCCGUCACUCUCUCUCUCUCUCUCCAAAAACCCUACUCUUUACCUUACUAUUUCUUCUUCUUCCCAAAACCCUAAUCUCCUCCAAAAACCCUAAAAUUCUCCGCAAGUUGACAACAAUGGCUUCUCUCCGCCUACGUCGAUCUCUCGUUCUUUCCUCUUCUCUCCCUAAACACCGUCCUUGCUCUUCCAUCCCUCCUCCAAAACCCAUCUCCUCACCACCCGCUCUUAGAAAAUCUAACCUUCUGCCCCCUUCCAAUUUCCUCAUCCCAUGUCGCUCCUUCCGAUCUUCAUCUCUCUCCUCAUCGUCGCGAUCGCACGAUACUGACGAUGGGAAGAUUUCGCCAGAUACGAUCCUCUUCGAAGGCUGUGAUUACAAUCACUGGCUCAUCACCAUGGAUUUCCCCAAGGAUCCCAAGCCCACCCCUGAGGAGAUGGUCGAGACAUACGUCCAAACGCUCGCCAAGGUUGUCGGAAGUGUGGAGGAGGCGAAGAAGAGAAUGUAUGCUUGCAGUACAACAACCUACAAUGGGUUUCAGGCUGUAAUGACUGAGGAAAUGUCUGAGAAGUUCCGAGGCUUGCCAGGAGUUGUUUUCAUUUUGCCUGACUCAUAUAUUGACCCUGUGAACAAGGAGUACGGAGGAGAUAAAUACAUCAACGGGACCAUCAUUCCAAGGCCUCCCCCAGUUCAAUAUGGGAGGUCACAAGGAAGAUAUGGUGAUCGAAACCGAAACUAUGACAGGCCAAGGUACGACAGGCAACGCGAGCCAAUGCCUAUGCAGCAGGGAAAUGCACCAUAUGAUCAACGCAACACUAUGCAAGGAGAUGGAAGGAACUAUGCACCGCAUCAGAACUACGGUCCUGGUGGACAAUCAGAUGGGAGGGGCUAUACCCCACCACCUGGUAGAGAUUUUGCUCCUGCUGGGGAGAGGAAAGAUUUUGGCCAAGGUGAAAGAAGAGAUUAUUAUGGCCAAGGUGAACGCAGAGAUCCGAUUCCAAUGGGUGGUAGAGAUUAUGCCUCCGGAGGAAGAGACAGUUAUCAAGGGGAAAGGAGAGAUCCGAUGCCCCCAUUUCAGAGGGAUUACAACCAAGGAGCACAGGGGAAUUAUGUUAAUCAGGAACGUAGGGACUUCUCACAGGGAGAGCGGAGGGAUUAUGCACCUCCUGGACAUGGGGAUUUCCGGGGAGAUUACAGGAAUGCUGGUCCUUCAGGAGGUGGAGAUUACCGGCAGGGAGUGGGUUCUGGUUAUGGGCAGAGUUACACUGGGUCUGGAGAAGGGCAAAGGUUCCCACAAGUGGACCGCAGAGAUGGCAUGCAAGGAGAACCAGGGAACUUUGCACCUGGGGAACAAACAGGGACAGGCCAGGGACAGUAGUGAGGUUCCAUGCUCUGAUGGGAGGGAGAAGAAACUUGGCAAAGUGAGGAGCCAGAGCCUAAUGUGAGAAAGUCAACUUACCUCUGUUUGAAAGAAACUAUAGAGAAAUGAUGGUCCAUUAAAUAGUCUUGUAUUAGGCAUGUUAUCUGUAAUUAGUCUUUGUCCACCGUCUUUGUGAACCGAAUCUGAAUCGGGACCGUGUCAGGUCAGUUUCUUCUUCCUCCAAUUGGGCCUUUUGUUUGGAUAGAAUUUUGGAGUUGGUAGUGAUGGUCUAUAUCUUUGGAUUGGA